AUGAUCAAGUCACAUGACCACUAUUCUAGAAUCUUCGACCAAGGUUACACGAAGAACUGCAUAAUGCUGGUCACUGCAAUUUGUUUGCGUCGUAGUCAUCAUGUCUUGAAGUUGGCUAAUCAGAUGCACAAUUCGACACCUUUCGUGAAACCAUCUUUAUCAAAACAGAUUGUUCGAUCUUUCCGAAUAUUCCCGGUAGUCAAUAAUUCAGUGCGCAGACGUGCAGGACGCAUCAAUCUAAAAGCAGGAUCUGAAGAUUCAUUCACUAUUGAUAAAAACCGAGCUUUAAUUGGAGCAGCUGCUGCAGUCGGUAUUGGAGGCCUUUGUAUUUAUGGUUUGACUGCAAAAGAUGGUUCGGUUUCGGCGUUUGAUCGAUCAGUUGCAUGGCCAGAUUACGUCAGACAGCGUAUUCGAGCAACGUAUGGUUACUUACUGGGUAGUGCUGCAAUAACAGCUGGCUCUACACUCGCCUUUUUCCAGUCUCCGGCUAUGUGUCGUUUAAUGCUGAGUGGUGGUUGGCUUGCUCCUAUUGGAAUGGCAAUACUAAGUAUGGGUGCAGGAGUUGUAUGCCAGUCAAUUUCUUAUCCAGAGUCUGGUCUAGGUGCUAAACACUUGGCGUGGGUCGUAUAUUCUAUUAGUUUGGGUGGAAUGUUGAUGCCUGUCUGUCUGGUUGGUGGACCAAUUCUUACUCAAGCGGCUUUGUACACUGGAGGUAUAGUCGGUGGUCUUUCAUUGGUUGCGGCGACGGCACCAUCAGAUCGUUUCCUCAAGUGGGGAGGUCCUUUAGCUAUCGGCUUAGGCGUGGUUGUUGUGUCAUCAGUUGGUUCCAUGUUCCUAUCUCCUGUCAGUCGUUUGGGAUCUGGUCUGGCGUCUAUCAGUCUCUAUGGUGGUCUCCUUCUCUUCUCUGGAUUUUUGUUAUACGACACACAACAUGUGAUUAAACGUGCAGAGACACAUCCACCUCCAAAUUUCUAUUCCCCUGCUCUGUCUCAUCAAAUGCGUUUUCAACAUCCAGAAACUUUGAAACCAUUCGAUCCAAUCAAUAAUUCCAUUCGAAUUCUUCUGGAUGCUGUGAACAUUUUCGUUCGUAUGGUCGUAAUAUUAUCAGGCGGUGGACAGCGUAGAAAAUGA